AUGGCGACUCCCCGUAUGAACAGGACUAAUAUCAACCCCAACGUUAUCAACGCGCAGUAUGCUGUCCGAGGAGAGCUGGCGGUGAAAGCAGAAGAGUACCGACUCGCUCUUGAAAGAGGCGAGAAGCUGCCAUUCGAUAAGGUCAUCUUCGCCAACAUCGGGAAUCCGCAACAGCUCGAACAAAAGCCCAUCACCUUCUCCCGCCAGGUGCUGAGUCUCUUGGAGUACCCUCCCCUCCUCCAGAACGAAGAAGCCCUCAAGUCGACCUUUGGAUACAAAUCGGACGUUAUUGCGCGGGCAAAGACGCUGCUAGCAGAUGUCCAGAGUGUUGGUGCAUACAGCCAGAGUCUGGGAGCACCGGGUAUCAGACAAAGUGUUGCAGACUUCAUCGCCCGCCGAGACGGAUUCCCGGCCAGCCAGAAAGAUAUCUACUUGACUGGAGGUGCAUCUGCGGGAGUUAGCACUAUUCUGAACGUUAUCUGCGCUGGCAAAAAGACUGGAGUGCUUGUUCCCAUCCCCCAAUACCCUCUGUACACCGCAACUCUCUCCUUGCUCGACGCUACAUGCGUGCCAUACUACCUGAAUGAAUCUCAAUCUUGGGCCACAGAUGUCGAAGAGAUUAAAACCUCUCUUGCUAACGGCGAGAAGGCUGGAACAGACAUUCGUGCCAUUGUGAUUAUCAACCCUGGAAACCCCACUGGAGCCAGCCUCAAUCCCGCGGCCAUCAAGGAUGUAAUUGAUAUUGCCGCCGAAAAGAGCCUGGUCAUCAUAGCCGACGAAGUAUACCAGACCAACGUUUUCAAGGGCGAGUUCACAUCCUUCAAGAAACGUCUACGUGAGCUCCAGGCUGAGUUCCCUGGUAAGUACGAUGGCAUUGAGCUGGUUUCACUACACUCAGUCUCCAAGGGAAUGGUCGGUGAAUGCGGCCAUCGAGGAGGAUAUUUUGAACUCGUCGGUUUCAAACCUGAAGUGGUCGAGCAGGUCUACAAAUUCGUGAGCAUCAAUCUCUGUCCACCUGUGAUCGGCCAGUGUUUGCUCGAGUGUAUGGUUCACCCGCCAGUGGAAGGUGAGGAGAGCAACGAACUAUAUCAGAAGGAGUACAACAGUAUUGCCGACGGACUCAAGCAGCGUGCGUUUGCUUUGUAUGAAGCCUUCAAGAAGAUGGAGGGCGUCGAAUGUCAAGAGCCUCAGGGAGCUAUGUAUCUCUUCCCAACCAUCCAUCUACCACCCAAGGCCGUUGAUGCUGCCACCAAGGCAGGCCGUAAGGCAGACGAGUUCUACUGUCUCCGUCUCCUCGAUGCGACAGGUGUCUGUGUCGUCCCCGGCUCAGGCUUUGGACAGAAGGAGGGCACUCUGCACUUCCGCACGACCUUCCUAGCACCUGGAACUGACUGGGUAGACCGCAUUGUCAAAUUCCACGGUGAAUUUAUGAAUGAAUUUAGAGGUUAA